AUGGCUGAGGACCGGCCGGUGCUGAUCAUCGACAACGGCGGCUACACGCUGAAGGCGCUGUACAUCCCGAGCCCAAGCAACUCCGCGUCGCAGCCGCCGCGGCAGGCGGUGGUGCCGAACUGCGUGGGUGCCGCAUCCUUCGCCGGGCGCGGCAUCGUUGGCGAGCAGCUCUUCAAGCUGCCGCACUUCCACGGUUUUAUGCUGCGCCGCCCCGUCGACCGCGGCUUCGUGGUGGAUGCCGCGCUGCAGAGCCACAUCUGGGAGUACCUGCUGCAGUGCUUCGCCAUCGCGGACGAGAGUGAGGUGGAGCUCGUGCUCACGGUGCCCUUUGCCGCCCCCACGCCAGUGGUGGAGCUGCUGCACUACAUGGUCGUGCAGCGUUUUAAGUUUCGGGCCUUGACGCUCGUGAGCGCCACGUUCCUUGCGCUCGUGGCCGACGCCUCACGCGACUGGUUGCACGGCACCGCGCCCGACGCCGGCCACGGGGGUGACGGGAUGGGCGGGGGCUGCGGAAUGGUGGUGGACUUUGGCUUCUCCGCCACAACUGUGGUCCCGUACGUCGACUUUCUCCCACUGUGGGACUCUGCCGUGCGGGUUGACGUUGGCGGCAAACUUCUCUCGAAUCGGCUGAAGGAACUCAUCUCAUUCACGCAGGUGAACAUGACGGAGGACGGGUGGCUCGUCAACCACAUCAUGGAGAAGUGCUGCCACGUGGCGCUGCACCCACGGGCAUCGCUGCAAGCCGCACAGCGGCAAAGGCGGGGCGGGACAAGCAGCAGCAGCAGCAGCGGCAACAGUCGCCUUGGGCGUGGCAGUUGUGCUGCGGAACUGCGGUACUAUUUGCCAACGGUGCCGCCGCUUAUGCCGCUGGGGUGCCGUGGGGAGGAGCUGCACGCGGUCCUGGACGGCGACGGGGCGGGGAUUGAGCGGCAUGAGCUUCAGCAUGUUGUCUUCGGUCACGAGGCCUUCCUCAUCCCGGAAUUGCUGUUUCACCCUGUGGACGUGGGAAUCCAACAGAUGGGCGUCGUCGACGCGAUUGUGCGCGGGACACGCAGCCGCGGGACGCUGCGGGAGGCCUCCGUCCUGCACUCCGCCCUCCUCCACCGCGUCGUUGCGUUCGGCGGCACCGCCGGAUUCCCGCACCUGCGCGAGCGCCUGAGCGACGAGCUGCGCAUGGAGUCCGGCACGGCAGGCAGGCCGGCGCCAAGUACGUCGUCCCCCCUGCAGCCGCUCGUGGAGGGGCUCCGCACGGCGGCACAAUCCACCGUUUUGAACGGCAACGUCAGCGGCUACUCCGCCCACGACGGCGAGCUGCAGCCGCUCUACGGCGCCCUGGCGCUCUUCACGUGUCCCGCUCGCCGGCCCCAACUGCAGAUGCUGCGCGGUCGCAGUCACGUGGACUUGUCCACGCUGCGGAAAAGCAAACACGGCGUGGGCCGUGCGUCAGCGCCAAUGACGCACAAGGCACAAAAGGCAUUUAAGGAUGCCAUGCAGCGCCUUCCAUGA